CCCCAACUCUGCAGACAAGUAUUUAGGCCGGAUUGGUGUAAAGGCCACCGUUGACCUCGCCCGUCUGAUUCAGGCCUUAAAUCUCAGUCGAAUCGACCAAUUCAUCUCAUUUUCGUCAUAUCCGUGAAUCCUAAACAGUCGGCUGCCUGCGUUCUCGGACCCUCAUCGAGCUUCCACGCACCCUCAGCAUGCAAAACCGGCAAGUUGAUGCCGACGGCGAUCCUGAUCCUCCGGAAAGAUCGUCUACUUUAUCACUUCGAGGCCGCCCUGGCCAACUAGGACUACCCAAAAAUCGCAGCACCGGGAAUUUCUUAAAUUAUCAAGAGAGUCCAGCAAGUGCGUCGAGGACAAGACAUUCAUUCGAUGCUGGGCUCAGUCUCGAUUAUGACGUUAACGCAAGGUCGCCAAUAAUACCAGAACAUGAGCAUGGCUUAGGCGCAUCUGGCCUUCGCCGUAUUCGACAACAACCACCAGCUCUCGGUUCGAAUCAAUCCAAUGCUCUCCGAUCGGGCUCGAAUGCCGGAGUCCCUCCUAGGUCAUCGUCGAUGACCCUCUCAUUACCGUCCUCCAGGACGCCAUCAAUUUCUCUACCCAACGGGCCUGCCUCUCCGACGUUCAACUUCAGCGAGGACCUAUCAAGAUUUCCUUGUGAAUCUUUGCAUUCAUUCUCUUUCGCUCACCAAUCUGAAGAAUACAUCCACAACCGUCAAAAUGUUUUGAAACGAUCCAUGGACUUCCUGCGGGAUAGGUUGGGCUGGGCAACAAGCAAUCCAGGCAUCGCCAGCGCGCAGGCGCGGAUAAGUGGCGACCAAGAGGCUCAAAGUAUGAUGGAGCUCUUAGCCCGCGCCAAUUUAGUCCGGCACGACGAUAGUACUGGCCACGGGCUAGGACUCUCUGGAGGGCCAUUAACGGGCCCUGCAGAGCUUACAGGAGGAAAUAUUUUUGAGAAAAACUUUUUCCCUCAGUCCCAAAGUCCAGAGCCAAUUGACGUGAGAAGCAGCGCAAAAGAUGAAGGCAAAAUGAUACAGACGCAAUUAUCGCCCAAUGUUGGGUCGAAAUCUUUUAACAGCUCCGAAGAGGCAUUCUCAGAAACGACUGCAAGAGAUGAAAUGAAAAACCGGUCUUCUAAUGUUGAAAUCCCCCCAACGAAGCGAGAACAAACCCGGGAAGAGCAUGUUUCUGCUGGCCUGUCUCCCACAAUCGCUGCCCGGCGUAUGAGUUUGAAACGAACAUAUACCGAUACAUCACCGCUCACUCUUCAGUCUAAGCUAAUGGAGGCAAUGGCACAGCCUUAUAUCCCCACGGAACAGAGCAGUCAGAAUCAGCUGCUCCUAGCAUCGGUACCCUCAUUAUCGCACCCUAUCGCCCCAGUGCCAGGAUUUAAUCGCGCUGGGUCGACAGUUCAUAGCCAUGCCAGUCGUUGGGCGCCGGCGGCGCAAGCAAUCUUUACUACGGAGGCGACCGCUCCGUGGACGAUUCUGGCAGCUAACGAUUUGGCGUGCCUUGUUUUUGGGGUCACGAAAGCUGAAGUCCGAAAGAUUGGCAUAAUGGAAGUCGUGCGCGAAGAAAGAAGGAAAUGGCUCGAGGAAAAAUUACAAUCGCCGGGGUCGGACGCGAUAAUCGCAAAAAUGAAGCCAUCUUUUAGCCAAAGUCAGCGCACAAGUCCGAAUCCAACCACGUCAUUGGCAGUGGGCCGUGGUGUCACAGCGCAGUUGCUCAGCAAGCCCUCCUCACGACAAAUCGCAGAAAGGAGAGCGCAGACUGACGAUGGCAGCGGUUCUACUUUUGUAAAGAAAAGGACAUCAAAAGGGGGAUCAAAUCAUGCAGCCAAUAAAUCUAGAGGGGUGUUACUCUGCGGUGACGUCGUCCCAAUUCAAAAGCGCAAUGGCGCGAUUGGGUCUGCUAGUCUUUGGGUGAAGGAGAAGAGAGGUGGCUUGAUCUGGGUGCUUGAAGAAAUCCGUGAAGACGUUGCAUAUCUGUGUCUUGAUGAGGGCGGCUGCGUUGCGAAAGCAACGGGGGCUGUUGAGGCAAUCUGGGGAGAAGAUCGCGUGAAAGUCGGAAUGGACAUUGGACGACUCAUACCACAACUUCCACGGAUGCAAAGCCCUAAAGCGGGCGAGAUUGACAUAGCACGCGUUCUAGAGCUUCAGAGGUUUUGCGCACGAACUGCGAGCGGCAUAAACAUUCCAUUAAGUGUGGAUCAGAUUUCUGGAAAGCAUGAGUUUAGGAUAUCCAGUUUUCCUCAUAUUGCCGGCAUCAUGGUUCUUUCUCCAUCGGACCUUAGAAUCACGAGUUCAAAUCCGGUAUUCUCUGCCGCAUUGUUUGGCCAACCACAGCCAGAUGGUUUGCGCAUCACCGAUCUGAUACCGGACUUUGAGCGCUUAUUGCGGAUACUAACUGAGGAGGACAAAGUUCAACUAGUUGACGGCGUCGUGAUUCCGGAACACAGCUUUAGGAGAGCAAGGGCCUUGAUUGCGCUGCGUGACGGAAAGGCCGAUGCUGCUGCUAUAUUUCUCCGUCCUGUUGGCCUUGUCGCGAGACAUCGAGAUGGAUCGGAGAUCAAAGUCGACGUACAGAUGCGAGUGGUAAAGAGUGACAGUUUUGGACCUUUGAUGGACGAAAAUGUCAUCGCGGAAACCUCAGAAGAUGAUGAAGGGGACUGGGCUACCAAUGAGGAAACGCCCCUUACGGAAGUGGUAUACGCUUUGUGGAUAACCUACUCAAGGCAACUCCACGGAGUGGCUCAAAUUAUUGAGCCAAUGACGCCAUUAGAAUCGACACCACCAAGUCCGCCUCACCAGCCAUCUCCAGGUCAGUCAGUCCGCGACCCGCAGCUCGAAGACUCCGUUCUCAGCUCGCCAAAGACCGCGAGCUCGGAUUCACUUCUCAGUCAGCAGAUCCAAGAAACUGCAGCAGGCCAAAGCAGUGCGAAGACUUCAGAUGGACUACAAAAACCCGAAGUUGCGGAACCAAAACAAUACAAUGCUAUAGACGAAAGAGAUGCCCACAAGAAAAAAACCAUAUCAGAUUUUGUAAUACUUGAAGAUAUGGGACAGGGCGCCUACGGACAAGUAAAGCUUGCGCGUUACAAGAAAUUCCCUUCCAAGAAGGUGGUUUUGAAAUACGUUACGAAACGACGCAUUCUCGUUGAUACCUGGACGCGGGAUAGGCGGCUAGGGACAGUGCCUCUUGAGAUACAUGUUCUUGAUUAUCUGAGGCGCGAUGGGUUGAAGCAUCCAAAUAUAGUGGAAAUGUCGGAUUUCUUUGAAGACGAAAUCAACUAUUACAUUGAGAUGGUCCCUCACGGCAUUCCCGGAAUGGAUUUGUUUGAUUAUAUCGAACUUCGGGUCAACAUGGAAGAAGCAGAGUGCAAGAGCAUCUUUGUGCAAGUUGCAAAUGCCAUUCAUCACCUUCACACUAAAGCCUUAGUCGUGCAUAGAGACAUAAAAGAUGAGAAUGUGGUUCUCGACGGGGAGGGCAACAUCAAACUCAUAGACUUCGGAAGCGCCGCUUACAUCAAGAAUGGUCCUUUUGAUGUGUUCGUUGGGACUAUUGAUUACGCAGCGCCAGAAGUGCUUGCCGGCAAAUCGUAUCGCGGGAAAGAGCAGGAUGUUUGGGCGCUUGGCAUACUUCUUUACACGAUCAUUUACAAGGAAAACCCUUUUUAUAGCAUCGACGAAAUUAUGGAUCAUGACCUUCGCGUUCCAUAUAUCAUGAGCGAAGACAGCAUUGAUUUGAUUAGGCUUAUGUUGAACAGAGACGUGGAUCAACGAAUAUCAAUAUCACAGGUGUUGGAGCACCGGUGGUGCCAAAGCCAGGCUUGAUGAAAAUGAGCCUCAAACCUCUUUAAAGGUGGAAACAGCUGGCGAUACUCUGGAGAGGAAAAGCUGUGUCACCUCAUUUAGAGUUGAAAGUUCGGUGGUUGGUGAAGUAGAAUAUAAGAUACCCUAGAGAAGCUAUGGAGGGCAGCUUGGUAGCGGCUUGCCAGUUUUUCUGUCUCACAUACAUUUACGAAAUUUACGCUUGAGUGGUCAUGAUGCAUUGCUCGUGUUCAGAUUUUUGGAUGCUGUAAAUUAGAAUAUAAACCAUUUAUUGCGCGAAAGAAUUCUAAGAGAGACCCACGAGGAAUGAAGCUGUCAACUUGAAACGAGAAUCGGUCGUCGAACGAUCCAAUAUUCCACCAA